UCAUCGCGUCAAUAUUGAAGUGUCAAAACUGAGAAGUGACGAUUAUGAGUGAAAUCAGUGCGGAUAAACUUUACAAGAGUUCGGUAGAGUUCGAUGGCGUUCCAAAUGAAGACGAAAACAUCGACGAUGUGCUCGAAGAAGAGGAACGGCCCUUCUCGUAUUUCGAUAUCUUGGACGCUCCAAGAUCAUUACCGGAUCCCGUCGAACUUACUUUCGAACACCUCAAAGAGGUCGGGUACGAGCUCGGUUUGAUAAAACUGUGUUGGCCGGACAUUAUUCAUCCGAUUUUUGAGAAUCGCACUAACUUUCCAGUUAGGUAUUUGACGAAUAACGAUAAGGAACGAGCGAUUUUGCUUUACGCGGAAAAUUUCAGAAGACAAUUUUGUUACAAGUUUAAGAACAGGAAAGCCUUGUUUUUGGCUAGUGAAAAUGAAUGUGGUGUACAGAAAAUGGUAUCGACAACAAUUCGACCAACAACUCUCCCAUACCUUGAACUAGAAACAUGGGAAAGCUCUGCCAGGUUCGUUGCUGAUCAUCUCAAAUAUGAAUGCCUAGAAGAUCCUAUUUUAUUG